UAUCGCUGCAGUCUCGAGAUACGUGCUUUAUGCGGUCUCUCUGUAAAAUCCUAACCUGACCCGUUUUGGUCCAACAUGGUCCAACAUAACCUCCAAUAACUUCCUCUGGAUUUUCGUCGGCACUGAUAAAUAACAGAAUGUACUGUUAAGUGUUUUGCACGAGUGUACAUAUGCUUGUCACGACAUGUCUGUAAAGCUCUUGCGCUGUUUCGUCAGCGAGCUUUUUAUUCCGCGAGGUCAGCAUGUCCGUCACGGCCAUCGCUUGCGAGGGAAACCGCCGACGAUCGCCCUUAGCUUGCGGCAACGUCUGGAGCGUUUCAAUCGCAGCGACCCGACGUUGGAUUUCAAGGUGAAUAUCGGCUUUCCGGUGGCCAGAGUCAAUAGACGCUCGAUAACGAGCAUCUGGGCGAGCGAGAUCGCGAUGCGCAAGAACGAUCCCGAGCUGGAAAGGUUGUCACGCAACAGGAAACUUCUGGUGGAUCUGCAGGCGGUGAGGCAGGACUGGCUGCGAUUCGACGGAGCUUCUCACAUUCACAGGCUGGCGAAACACUAUGGCAUCUAUAACGACCUGUACGGAGACGCUUAUUUCAUGCCGGUAGUUCCGUUGGACGUGAGCUACGAGCUGCCAGAUGACAAGCUGGUGAAAGUUUACACCGGUAACGUAAUCAAGCCGAGCGAAGCCUCCAGGACGCCUAAUGUCACGUACGAUGCGGAGGACGGGUCAUUGUGGACCCUGAUUAUGAGCACGCCAGAUGGCAAUCUGACCAGUGCGGAGAACGAGUACUGUCACUGGCUUGUCAGCAAUAUUCCCACAAAUCGUUUGAAGGACGGAGAGGAGCUGGUAGAUUACCUGCAACCGAUAGCGCCGUAUGGCAUUGGCUACUGCAGAUAUAUCUUUGUGCUUUAUAAGCAGGAGUGUCGCAUUGAUUUGUCAGAGUACAAAAGAACCAGGCCCUGCCUGAAUCUGGAAGAGCGUAAUUGGAGAACGCUGGACUUUUAUAGAAAGUAUCAAGAUCAACUGACACCCGCUGGUUUAGCGUUCUUCCAGUCGGAUUGGGAACCCUCGCUCAAGGAAUUUUAUCACAAUAUGCUGAAAACGAGAGUGCCUGUAUUUCGGUACGACUUUCCCACGCCAUAUAUAAAGAAGCAGAAAUGGUUCCCCAAGAAGGAACCCUUCAAUAUCUAUCUAGACAAAUAUCGCGAUCCCAAAGAGAUAAAUAAGGAAUUUCUACUGAGAAAAUUGAAGAAGGUUCAUCCUUUCAAUGGACCAGAGCCUCCAAGGAAAUUCCCAUUGGCCCAUGCCAACGAUUAUGUACCUUCCUGGUUGAAAUUUGAAAUGAUAAAGAAGAGGCUUGGAUACGGCCGCGUUAACGAGCUUGACGAAUAUUAGAUAAACUAUUAAUUGGCUAUUCCGGUUUCAGGUGUGCCUCUAGGAUCUGCCUGCUGUGGUAUUUGAUGUCUGUCCGCGUUGGAACACUGACGUCAAUUAUCUCGUGUUCGACCAACAAUCCUGUGAAAUCAUGCUUGUAUGGAAAGAGUCGUUAAGAUUACCAAUACUUUAGAUACAAAAAAA